AUGAGUAAGUUUCAAUAGCUUGAAUAGAUUUUUAUUCUAACAUACCUUAUGUAAAGGAAAACAAAUUCUUUUGAUUAGAUGCCUAAUAAAAAAUACCUUCAGUGAAUAAUUGUUUGUGGAAAAAAAAUAGUAAUGAAAUAAAAAUUAUAGAAAUUUCGAAGAAGUGCAUUUGAGCAUUAAGAUCUAGAUGUUCCAAUAAUUAAUAGUUUCUUAAAUGAAGAGAGAUAUGGAAUUAAGUAUGUCAAUUGUAUAAAAAAGAGAAUGUAAGAGACUCUUUUAAUUAAAUAUUGAAAGUGUGAAUAUACAUAGAAUGAAGAAUUCGUUAAUAAUACUUAAUUUAAGGGAUGAAGAAUAUAGUAGAUAGUGAAUAGAAGUAAUACUAUUAUUACAUAAUCAUUUGAAAUUUGUACUCAAUUUCUUGUUCUGUUCUAUUUAAAUUAUUUAAGAAUUAUGAGAAAAUAAGCUCAUAUUUAUUAAAUGGAAUAUAAAUCCACCCAUAAAUACAGUUUUGAAAAAUGGUAAGUAGGAUCUUUGAAUGGAAUAGAAUACCCAACUAUUGUAAUGUAAU